GUGAAGCGACAGGGAGGGGGUGGUUCCCAUUCGACCGCGUAGCCGGAUGUUUGCCUGUCCUUGACAGGCGUGGCAGAGGGAGCGGUGCCCCACCACGAACUUUCAGAAUCUCUUGAAUGACAGUCCAUUAGAGAAGUAUUGAGGGAUUGACCUGCACAAAGCGACCACCUUAAGGGUUGUCUUCAGGUUCUGCAGCGUGAAGCUGUGGGGCAGAGGCUCGGCCAUGGACCCACUCUCAGAGCUGCAGGACGACCUGACUUUGGAUGACGCCAGCCAGGCUCUGAACCAGCUGAAGCUAGCCUCCAUUGAUGAGAAGAACUGGCCCUCAGACGAAAUGCCCGACUUUCCCAAGUCAGAUGACUCCAAAAGCAGCUCCCCGGAACCUGUCACACACCUGAAGUGGGAUGACCCUUACUACGACAUUGCCCGGCACCAGAUUGUGGAGGUGGCAGGAGAUGACAAGUAUGGGCGGAAGAUCAUUGUGUUUAGUGCCUGCCGAAUGCCCCCGAGCCACCAGCUGGACCAUAGCAAGCUCCUGGGAUACCUGAAGCACACCCUGGACCAGUAUGUGGAGAGCGACUACACGCUGCUCUACCUGCACCAUGGCCUGACCAGCGACAACAAGCCCUCCCUCAGCUGGCUCCGGGACGCCUACCGGGAGUUUGACCGCAAGUACAAGAAGAAUAUCAAGGCUCUGUACAUCGUGCACCCCACCAUGUUCAUCAAGACCCUGCUCAUCCUCUUCAAGCCCAUCAUUAGCUUCAAGUUUGGGCAGAAGAUCUUCUAUGUGAAUUACCUGAGUGAGCUGAGCGAGCAUGUGAAGCUGGAGCAACUGGGGAUCCCUCGCCAAGUGCUCAAGUAUGAUGACUUCCUCAAAUCCACCCAGAAGAGCCCCGCGACAGCCCCCAAGCCCAUGCCGCCGCGGCCCCCUCUGCCCAACCAGCAGUUCGGGGUCUCCUUGCAGCACCUCCGGGAGAAGAACCCAGAGCAGGAGCCCAUUCCGCUCGUGCUGCGGGAGACCGUUGCCUACCUACAGGCCCACGCUCUCACCACUGAGGGGAUUUUCCGGAGGUCGGCCAACACCCAAGUUGUACGGGAAGUGCAACAGAAGUACAACAUGGGGCUGCCUGUGGACUUCGACCAGUACAAUGAGUUGCACCUGCCAGCGGUCAUUCUCAAGACCUUCCUCCGGGAGCUUCCUGAGCCCCUGCUCACCUUUGACCUCUACUCCCACGUUGUGGGCUUCCUCAACAUUGAUGAGAGCCAGAGAGUGGAGGCCACGCUGCAGGCCUUCCAGAUGCUGCCCGAGGAGAACUACCUGGUGCUGCGUUUCCUCACUGCCUUCCUGGUGCAGAUUUCUGCCCUCUGUGACCAGAACAAGAUGACCAACACUAACCUGGCUGUUGUCUUCGGCCCUAACCUGCUGUGGGCCAAGGAUGCUGCCAUCACCCUCAAGGCCAUUAAUCCCAUCAAUACCUUCACCAAGUUCCUCCUGGAUCAUCAAGGGGAGCUGUUUCAGCCCUGACUCCAAGGGGCUCUGAGCCCAGCCCCUGCCCCACCCGCCCCCUUCUCUGAUAGCCCCAGUUUGGACUCUUCCUCUUGGCUUCAGCCUUACGGGAGCCCAGGGCUCCUGCCCAGAAAGGGGCUGUGAGCCCCCUGGAGACAGAAGCUGGAGCCAGCCAACUGGACAGCUCCUCCUCCCCUCCUGUCCAGCCCACCUCACCGGCCCCAGGGGCCUCGCUGUAACCACAAGACGUUUUUCUUCGCCUUAUACUUCUCACUGCCUCUUUGGAUCCCUGGCUCCUGCCGGGCUCUGCAGAGCUGGCCUUGGCUCUUCAGGCAGGAGGACUGGCCCCAGCAACUGCUUGCUUACCUGCUUUCUCCUGCCUCUUCCCCUGGCAACUGGAGAUGCCAAAAUCACUGCCGGCUGGGCUGGUAGCUGGGGCUGGUCCUCCCCUUCCCGACUGCUGGGGAAUGAAAGGCUGAGCUGGCCUGGGCUGGCCCUGCUGUGACUCCUCCCUGUCUGGGUGAAGGCCUGGUUGCAAGCACCCUGUUCCUGUCCUCCCCUCUGGUGGCUCAGCCUCUGGCAUUUACACAGUUAACGAAUGACAGCCUGGAGUCCUAUGUCUGCCUUCUCUUCCACACAUCCUGGGUCAGCCUUUCCCAAGUGGUACUGCCCCCAGGGUGUCUUAGCCCCCUGGUUCUGCCAGGACUGGCAGCUUGGAUGACAGGGCUGAGUCCCAGCAUCCAUUCAAAAUAGACACCCCACUCUCACCCCUGAGAGCCUCCUAGUGUCUGGUCAGACCACUGACAACCAGUCCCUGCCCACUCCACCCCCCAUGCCUUGCCUCCCCUCCCUUCCUACUUGGACAGAUCCUUAGGCACGUCUGUUGUGGAGUCACACCGGUCCCUGCUCUGGCCAGGGGUGACUCAGUGCCUCAGGAUCUGGGGUGGCUCCUUCCUCCAGUUUUGGACUCCUGGAGGGGCUGGGUAGAGAUUUUGCUAAUUAGAUUGGCCCCUGCCAGGUAAGUUCUAGCAACCUCCCCUUGGACUCUGAUGAUGAUGGAUAUCCCUCUUUCCAGCUGUCCCUUCCUGGUGAACCACCUUCCUGCAGCCCUGGCCAGAGCCUGUACUGUGGCGGUCCUCACUGACCAGUCCUGCCUCAUCUGCGAGCCGGGUGUGGCCUGGGCCUGACCUCACUGGGCUCUUUUCCCAGGACACUAGCAUGUCAGGAGUCCCAAGGCCUGGUGUGGCUGCUAUCAGUCCCUGUGUCUCCAGGCCAGGCCCAGGCUUCUGAUUUCUGCCUGCCUUCCUUUGUAUCAGGUGUUGCUCAGAGCCCCAUUUACUGGGGAGCCUCGUGGGUCUAUUUGGUCUCUCCCCUAUCCACCCCCAACUGGUCUUUACCUGGGGGUGGGGGGACUUGUACAGUGAAUCAAGUAUUCACAUUCACAAUGACUUCCUUGGCACCAAUCAUGUAUUUCACCUUUGCACUUUUUAUACUUCAAUAAAAAUGGAGAUGGAAAACUGCCCAUCUGGCUGAUAA